GUGUUAAAUCAGUGAAAUCAUUCGACGGUGACAAGAUGUUUGCAGUGGUGGGAGAAGUGGAUCCAUUGAAACUCUGUGAAAAAAUUCAGCAGAAACAGAAGAAGAAGGUGGAACUCGUUUCUCCUUUGCCAAACAAGGACAAAAAUAAGGGCAAAGAAACUGAGAAGGUUGGUGGGGAAUGGGAGAAGAAGAAGAACAUUGAAGAUAAGCAACAGAACAAGCAAGAUAAUAGCAAAUCCAAAGAGCCUCCAAUCACAGUGCUGAAGCUGAGUCCAGACUUCGACGACAAGAGCAUGCAAACGAUUAUGAAAAUUAUAAUGAAGAGCCAAGGAUACCAAGAGGUCUCUAUAGACCGGAAAAAUUUUAUGAUCAAAAUAACUGGAACCAUGGAUGUGAAGGCUCUGGUGGAGACAAUAAACAAGAAGCUAAAGAAAACAGUCGAGAUUGUGCCCCCAAAAAAAGGUGGUGGCAACGAGAAGAAUGAAAGUGGCAGUGGCGGGGGCGAUCAAAUGAAGGGAGGCGGAGAUGGCAAAGCUUCUGAUAAUAAUGUGAGAGAUGGUGGAGGCAUGAUGGAAGGAAACAGAUCUGGAGCUCUGCCUAAAGAGAUUGUGCCCCCCAACAAAGCAAGUGGAAACGAGAAGAAUCAAAAAGGCAGUGGCAGUGGUGGCGGCGGCGGCGAUGGCGAUAGUGGUGGUGAGCAAGGAAAGUGGGGCGGAGAGAGAAAGGCUUGUGGUGAUUGUGGCAGAGAUGGUGGAGGCAUGAUGGAAAGAAACAAUAGUGGAUAUGUGCCAUUCGAAUACCAAAACCCAUAUGCUAACGAGUCACUUCUUGACAAACUGAGAAAUCCAUUAGAUGAGGAGAACCCUAAUGCCUGUUGUGUACUUUGA